CCCAUAAAGAUAAAGCAGUGGUAUAGUCCUGGAGUCCCCGGAAACACCGGCGACAGCAGCAGUAUCAGAGCAGGUGGAACUGAUUUUUUCAGCCAUAGUGUAAUAAAUAAAAGGAAAGGUGUCCAUUCAUAAAAACAACCGCCGUCUAGCAGGCAGCAGUGAAACAUCAGAAACGCUGGACAAGCUUAAUAUCUUAGAUUUGAAUGGACAAGGCAGCCAGAAAUACACAGCCCAGCUAGUGAGGCCCAUUAAAGGUACAGUGAUGCCUGUGAAGAAGAAGAGGAAGCUCCCUGAUGCAGAAGAUCAUGGGCGCAAGUGUAAAAUUACAAGUUUCACCCGGCCUCAGAUCCGCGGCGCCCGGCCCAUCAGCGCCGAGAAGCUGUUCUCCAAUAAGAAGUGCCUGGCCUGGUUCCACGGCUACGCCGGCCCCGACAAGGUGGUCGGUCCGGAGGCCAUGGAGAAGUUCUGCGAAGACAUUGGUGUGGAGCCAGAGAACAUUAUCAUGUUAGUGUUAGCCUGGCAUCUAGAAGCAGCGAGUAUGGGCUUCUUCACGAAAGAGGAGUGGCUCAGGGGAAUGACCUUACUAGAGUGUGACUGCACGGAGAGGCUACAGAGCAAACUGGAUUACCUGCGCGGCGAGCUCAACGACUCGGCCCUCUUCAAAAACAUCUACAGAUAUGCCUUUGACUUCGCCAGAGAAAAGGACCAGAGGAGUUUGGACAUGGACACGGCUAAAUCCAUGCUGGCCUUGCUGCUAGGGAGGACAUGGCCCCUCUUCCCAGUCUUCCACCAGUUCCUAGAGCAGUCCAAGUACAAGGGGAUGAACAAGGACCAGUGGUACAACGUUCUGGAGUUCAGCCGGACCAUCAAAGCAGACCUCAGCAACUACGAUGAAGACGGAGCGUGUGAGUAGUUAACACACACACGGCUCGCAGAC